AUGCCCGACUUCCCUUCCUUGGCCUCGCCGGCCUUUGGUGCGGCACAGCAACCCAACGACGAGCCGCCCGUCUCCAAUCUCGACCUCGACGGCGAUUUCUCGUCCAGUUCCGCUGCCCCGCCGCCGUUGAUCAGUCCCGCUGUCACUCCGCCGCAUACCCCCUCUGCAGACGGCCAGCGACAUGACAGAUUACCCAAGAGCGUGCCGGCUGAGCAGGCAAAUGGAGAGGAAGAGGGCGUAGCUCCAAAGCUGCUGGACACCCUGCCAGAGGUACAAUGCGAAGUCAGAGCACGGAUCCCGACAACAACAGGCCAAGAAAUGUUUCUUCAUCUAUAUCACAACAAUGUCGAUAACAAGGAGCAUCUGGCGAUCGUCUUUGGACCUUAUAUCAGGAGCAGGAGUCUUGAUGCGGUGCGGCCCGGCGAAACGGAGAGAGAUCGUAUGAUCAGAGGCGCAUAUACCGGAACAUUGUUCCCUGGACGAACACAUAGCAGAUUGGACCAGAUCCGUAAAGAUGCUGGAGUGCCUCCUAAGCCCAAUGGCAGCGCCAGUCCGCAGUCAAACACUCCUCCACCCUCUGAGUCAGGUUCUGACUUUGACAAUUCGUACUCUUCAUAUCCUCCCGAGCUUGGCCCGCCCAUGGUCCGCAUACAUUCAGAAUGCUACACCGGAGAGACUGUGUGGUCAGCACGUUGUGAUUGUGGAGAGCAAUUGGACGAGGCUGCACGACUAAUGUCACUGCCAGCACCUACACCAGCUGGCACUCCCCAAACAGAACAUCCACAUCUCAGCCUCCCCUCCUCUGGCGGAGUCAUUGUCUAUCUGCGACAGGAAGGGCGAGGGAUUGGACUGCUUAGCAAGCUGAAGGCUUACAACCUACAAGAUCUUGGACACGAUACUAUGGAAGCGAACAUCCUUCUGCGACAUCCUGGAGACGCCCGUUCUUAUGGACUAGCAACUGCAAUCCUCCUUGAUCUUGGCGUUGGCGGAGACAGGGGUAUUCGUCUUUUGACGAACAAUCCUGAGAAAGUCCGGGCUGUUGAAGGUCCAAACAGGGAGGUGCGCGUGGUCGAGCGAGUGCCCAUGAUUCCUCUCGCGUGGAAGACCGGUGGCAAGGAAGGGAUCAACAGCCCAGAGGUGGAGAAGUACAUUUCGACCAAGAUCGAGAAGUUCAAGCACAUGUUCACGUCUUCAUGA